AUGGCUUCAGGCUACAGUACGGUCCGUACCAACCACGUCUCCCAAAGCAAGCAAAAAUAAAUAAAUUGUGACGGCGCUUCACCACGUCAGAGCACUGAGUUAUGUGAAGGAUGAGCGCAAAGUCCACACAGGAAGCCGCUUUUGUAAAACCUUUCUUUCCACGUUAUCCAGCGCACGCCAUAAUGCAGCGGUGUUGUGGCAAAGUCAUCAGUCUUCCGUGGUUCUCGUCUAUUCUGUGUUUUUUAACACUAAAUCUGACAUCUGUAAUGUUACACCCGCAGUGUUUGGAUUUUAAACCGCCCUUCCGACCGCAGAGGGAGCUGGAAUUUUGUGUAAUGUACAAGGAAUUUGGCUGCUGUGAUUAUCAGAAGGACCAGGAGCUGAUGGCUAAAUACUACAGGAUUGUGGAUAAUUUUGAUUACUAUGGAUAUGCCAACUGCGCGGGUUUUGUCUUGGAGUUGCUCUGUCAGGAGUGUUCUCCCUAUUCAGCUCAUCUCUUUGAUGCUGAGGAUCCAAGCACACCGGUCAGGACCAUACCUGGACUCUGUUCUGACUACUGCUUUCAGUUUUGGAAGAAGUGUCAUUUCACCAUUCCUUUCUUGUCUGGAGACCCAAAUAUAGCAAAAGUCAAAGGAAAUCAGACCCGUCUUUGCGAUUACCUAGAAUUACAUGACAAGGACUACUGCUAUCCACAUCUGCUUAGCAACCAGCAGCUCACUCAAAACCUGGGCAGGGUUCAGUCAAACUCAGAUGGCUGUCUGCAACUGUGUCUGGAAGAAGUGGCCAAUGGGCUCCGAAAUCCAUUAGCCAUGGUGCAUGCCAAUGACGGCACACAUAGAUUCUUUGUAGCAGAACAGGUGGGCCUUGUGUGGACUUACCUUCCAGAUAAAUCCAAACUGGAGAGACCAUUUUUGAACAUUACCCAGGCAGUGUUAACGUCGUCAUGGGAAGGUGAUGAAAGAGGCUUUCUUGGACUCGCCUUUCACCCCAAAUACAAGUACAAUGGGAAGCUGUAUGUGUAUUACUCAGUGGAGGUGGGUUUUGAUGAGAGAAUCAGAAUCAGUGAGUUCCAUGUAUCAGCCAACGACAUGAAUCAGGUGGACCAUACCUCUGAGAGAGUUAUUCUGGAGAUUGAUGAACCAGCAUCCAACCACAAUGGAGGGCAGCUACUAUUUGGAGAUGAUGGAUACUUGUAUAUUUUCACAGGUGAUGGUGGAAUGGCAGGAGACCCAUUUGGGCAAUAUGGGAAUGCCCAGAACAAGUCAGCACUCCUGGGUAAAGUUCUUCGAAUUGAUGUUGAUGACAACGAGAGAGGUCCAUUGUACAGAAUUCCUCCAGAUAACCCCUUUAUACAUGAGCAGGGAGCACGUCCUGAGAUAUAUGCUUAUGGUGUUCGCAAUAUGUGGAGGUGUUCGGUGGACCGGGGCGACCCUUGGACCAAAGACGGCAAAGGGCGUAUCUUCUGUGGGGAUGUAGGCCAGAACAAGUUUGAGGAAAUCGAUAUUAUCGAGAAAGGACGGAAUUAUGGCUGGAGAGCCAAAGAAGGCUUCUCCUGCUAUGAUAAGAAACUAUGUGCGAACAGUUCUCUAGAUGAUGUCCUGCCCGUCUAUGCAUAUCCUCAUAAGAUGGGCAAGUCAGUAACAGGUGGCUAUGUGUAUCGAGGCUGUGAAUACCCCAACCUGAAUGGCAUUUAUAUAUUUGGAGACUUCAUGAGUGGCCGUUUAAUGAGUCUGCAGGAGGACAAAAACACAGGAAGAUGGAACUACAAUGAGAUCUGUAUGGGGAUGGGCCUAACCUGUGCCUUUCCUGGACUUAUCAACAAUUAUCACCAGUACAUCAUCUCCUUUGCUGAGGAUGAAUCUGGAGAACUAUACUUCAUGUCCACUGGAAUACCAAGUGCUACAUCACCUUCAGGAGUCAUAUAUAAAGUUGUGGAUCCCUCUAGACGUGCUCCACCAAGAAAAUGCCACUUUGACCCUUUUCCUGUGAGAGUAAGAAGUAAUCUCAUCAAGUUUGUUCCUCAGGAAACACUGGUUGGCAUUGACCCACCAAAUGGAAAUAAAAUUGCACCACAACCCACAGAGUCUUAUGACUGGCUCGAAGAGUUACUCAGUAAUCUAGCUGACCUAGGACCAAGUCUGACUACCCCUGUACCAACCACAGGUUCUUCCAAACCACCAAGGAAUUCAAGGCGGAAAAACCGGCGUAAGAAUAACAAAUCCAAAGUGGAAAGUGCACCUGAGAUCCAGACGGGAGCAUUAAGGCUGGUUGGGGAUGAACAUGGCAGGAGUGACCGUGGACGUGUAGAGAUCUACAUCAGUGGGGAAUGGGGUACCGUGUGUGAUGACCUGUGGACCUUUAUGAAUGCUCGAGUAGUUUGCCGCCAGCUGGGUUUUCAAUAUGCUCUCAAGGCAACUAAGAACUCUGAGUUUGGUGAGGGAAAAGAUCUCCGCAUUCUUCUUGAUGAUGUUCAGUGUGAAGGGACUGAAUCCAACCUGUUAGACUGCAGACACGCUGGUAUGGGGACACAUAACUGUGCUCACUAUGAAGAUGCUGGUGUGAUCUGCAGCAACUCAACAUACAUUGUAGAAGUUUAAAAGCUUAACGAGUAUUAAGUCCAGAGCAAGUUAUCAUGGAGUAAAUAAUCACUUCAAAGUUUAACAUAACACAGAUGUUAACACAGGUGUUAAAAAUCUGCUCUUAGUGAGAAGGCUGUUAUUCUCAUGAAUGCUAUGAUUUUCCACAGCAACAAUGAAGAUAAAGAGUAACACAAUCUAAAACUGCUAUGCUUUGUUUUAUGUAGAAGAAUAGAAACAAUACAAUAUACACAAUAGCUACUUAAUAGUAUUUUUCAAUAUUUACCAUUGGUAAGUGGAUAAUUCUGAUUUUAUUAUUGGUUUAUUAGAGUUUACUGUGAAAUAUCACAAUUUGUGUGUUUGGCUUCUCAGUUUAAUUUACAGUAACAAAACAAAACAGUAGUUCCUAAUGUGUCAGAAAUUUCUAUCAGCUAAAUGAGGUCAUAGUUAAUAUAAUAUAAUUUUGGGAAGUGAUUUCAAUAAAAGUCCUAGCUCAAACUCCUCUUGUUUCUACUGGCUUUUCCCAUACUUAAGACCUUUACUCACCGAAUGCGCUGUUAAAAUGACAAAAAAUUCUGAAUCUUUC